AUGCGUGAAGACGCUGUGCAUGAGACUACGCGGCUACUUAAUGAACCUAAGCUUCAGCACGAGCAUUCUACGAUCAAAGCCAACACUGGAUCAGCAGUCAGCAACGAACACCUCGCGACUGCAUCGACAGCCGAAAGGAUCGACUCCGACAAUGACGAGGAGCAACAAGAGCACAAUAAUGGAGAGUUGCCCUCGGAGGGCGUGCCCGAAGUCAAAGCACGACUGAAAUAUAUUGUCCCCGCUGUUGGCAUUGGAAUUUUUCUCUCAGCUGCAGAUCAGACUAUCAUUGUCUCUUGCUAUGGCAAAAUUGGCAGCGACUUGCAGGCUCUGAAUAAGACUUCGUGGAUAUCAACAGCUUACUUUCUAUCUUUAACAUCAAUACAGCCGUUGUACGGCAAGCUGUCCGACAUUUUUGGAAGGAAGACAUGUCUGAUCUUUGCAUACAUAAUCUUUGGUCUCGGAUGUCUUUUCUGUGGUCUCGCGAGCACUAUGGAUGAACUAAUUGCCGCGAGAGCUUUCGCGGGGGUAGGAGGCGGAGGCAUGACAACCGUCGUUAGUAUACUCAUGAGCGACAUUGUUCCCUUACGGGAGCGAGGCACCUGGCAAGGUAUCAUUAAUAUCAUCUAUGCUUCCGGUGCUGGAUGUGGCGCUCCACUUGGUGGUAUAUUUGCAGAUUACGUUGGCUGGAGAUGGGCUUUCCUAGCACAAGUGCCAAUGUGUGCCCUCGCUAUCGUGAGCGUUGCACUGGCCCUCAAAUUACCACAGAAAGAUGUCCUCGAUUGGAAGACUAAGCUGCGUCGUAUUGAUUUUCUCGGAUCAUUCGUUCUUAUUUUGGCAGUCUUCGCUCUUCUGCUUGGACUUGACCGGGGAUCCAAUGAUGCUUGGUCGAGGCCUCUGACGAUAGCGUCCUUAUGCAUGUCUCUUCCACUCUUCGCUUCAUUCAUACUUGUCGAGUUCAAAUUCGCUGGAGAUGACGCUAUAGCUCCACGCCGCAUCAUCUUCGAGAGAAGUCUGAUUGCAUGCUAUCUUUGCAACUUCUUUGCAUUUGCGUCCUGGAUGGCACUACUUUUUUACCUUCCGCUCUUCUUCCAGGCUGUGGACAAGCUCAGUGCUUCUCAGGCUGGAGUAAGGCUGCUACCGGCGAUUGCAGCCAGUGUUACGGGUUCGUUGUCCGGUGGUCUUACCAUGCAAAAGACUGGCAAAUUCUACUGGCUAACGGUCAUCGCCUAUUCGAUAUCGGCCGCUGCAAUGUUAGUACUACUACUCUUCUCUGGACUGAUCGUCAACUCUUUCGUCGGUAUCGGAAUAGGUCUGGCAUUCUCGGGGUUUGGCAAUGGUAUUGGGGUGACGACGACACUCAUCGGAAUGAUUGCCAACGCAGCACAUGAAGACCUAGCGAUCGCGACAGCAUGCAGCUACUUGUUUCGCUCAUUAGGGUCCGUAGUGGGGGUUUCUCUUGCAGCUACUGUCGUUCAGCAGUCUCUACGCUUGCAGCUCCAACAGUACCUCAAGCAUGGUAAAGAAACUGAUAUCAUCAUCAAGAACGUUCGAGAAAGCCUCGACUUCAUCAAAACUUUGGAUAUUGACUUACAACACAUUGUAAGGAAAUGCUAUGGCAAUGCCACGAGAGACGGUUUCUUGUUCGCAUUUUGCCUCGCAUUUUGUGCUGCGAUCAGUAGCUGGUUCAUCCGAGAAAAGAAACUUAGUAGGUGA